AUGAGCUCCUGCUUGGUUUGUGGACCUUUCCACUCGUCUACAGAUGUCUCCACCGUGGAGAAAGGGGAACCAACCGCCAUUUCAGCAGACGCGGAGGUCCUGCAGGAUAUCCAGACCUUGCGAGAAAUGUUGACGAAAAAGGUGCACAUGAUGGACACGGUCAAAAUGCACCAGAAUGCUAUGGAGGUGGUAAUGAAAGAACUGGGCGAACAAGUCGAGACCGCCAGGUAUGCGCUUGAUGAUCUUUCGAGCAAGUUUCAGCCUUCAAGUGACGCGGAGAAGGCGUCCGAGAUAUUGACGAUGGAAGUCCGUGACCAGGCCAUCGAUUCGCCUGUGAGAGCCGGUGCGCCAUCGCGUUCAUCUGAACAAGAGGCCAUUGCGGAGCUGGAGGAGGAAAAGGCGGAGAAGACCUCGACCGAAAGCCCGCAGUCCGAUGAGCAGAGCGGGGGACAACCAGGAACUUUGCUGUCGAAGCUGCAGUCUCAAAUCAAGACUCCGGUGGCCAGCAUGCCAUCUUGCAAAGAUGGUGUGUACCAGUUCAUCAAGGCUUGGUGCAGGAUGCUGGUUGAUGAGAAAGGGCGUAUCGGGCGAUGGUUCGAGGGAAUUGUCUGCGUGGUGAUCAUCGUAAACUCCAUUUUGAUCGGCGUCGAGUCAGAAGUUGCACUGACCCGAGAUACCAGCAGCUGGGCAAGGCCUUUGGAGGUCACGUUCUUGACCAUCUACACGGUGGAGCUCGCGGUGCGUCUGGUUGCCAAGGGGCAGAAGUGCUUCUAUGACCGAUGGUUUCAGUUUGACUUCGUCUUGGUCGUUAUCACUCUGCUGGGCCAAAUCAUCGCCGCCUUUUCGGAGCCGGUCGCGCAAGCCAUGCAGCAGGUCCUGGUCUUGAGAGCGCUCCGUUUAUUGCGCCUCGUCCGGGCAUUCAAGAUGGUCAAACAACUUCGUACGAUUUGGCGCUUGGUCUACGGACUAAUUACCUCCGGUGAAACCAUGUUUUCCGUUCUCGGUCUUCUGGUGCUCGUGAUCUAUGUCUUUGCUGUGAUCAGUCUCGAGGCGAUUGCCAGAGAUGCGGACCUCCUGGCAAAUGAGGAGACGAAGGUCAUCGUCGAGACCCAUUUUAGUUCUUUGUAUGUCGCGAUGGUCAGUCUCACUCAGUUUGUCACCUCGGAUUCAAUCGCGGCAAUAUAUUUGCCGCUGAUGAAGAUAAAGCCUUUUCUGGGGGUGUACUUUAUGCUGCUGAUGAUCAUGGUAUCGAUAUCCCUUAUGAACUUGGUGACGGCGGUGAUCGUGGAGGGAGCCUUGGAGCAUGCGCGCCAGGACAGAGAGGAAGAACAGAAGCUCCUCACGGCCACCGCCAAAGACAUGCUCACCGAGAUUUCUGGCCUGUUCCAGGGCCUGGACCAGGAUGGCAACGACAUGGUAACAAAGGAGGAGGUUCAACGAGCCGAACACGAGAAGAAGGUGGUAGUGCCUGAUUACAUCUUGGACAAGGCUUCCGUUGACAGUAUGGCAGAACUCUUCUCAAAGUUGGAUGUGGACGAGUCUGGUAUCCUUACACGCGAGGAGUUCACCGAAGGGCUGCUGAAUAUCUUUUUGUUGGAUAUCCCCGUGGCAGACAUGCAGAUCAUGAAAAUGGUGCGCCUGCUGCGAACUGGAGCCACUCGCAAAGAACAGUCGUAG